AUGCCCUCCACCAACGACACGAACAAAAUGCUCGAGCAGGAUUGCAACAAUGCUCGUCAUGCUCCAAGAGUUUCCAAGAUCGACAUGUAUUUCUAUGAAGAGCUUCUGAUGAGCGGCGGACAAAAAGAGGCAUCGGAAUGGCUCAGCAUGAGGAAACUACAAAGCUCCAGGUCCGGCGCUUCCAGCCCUCGGUCGACUCUCAGUCAUUCUACCUCGCUGCCAAGUUCCUGCAACACCUCGCGCAGCCAGACUCCAACUCCUGCAAGGCGCUCAAGCAUUGAGUCCUGCAGAGAAAAGUUCGUGAGGUCGAACAGGAGCGACUCAUUCUCGCACAGAAGCAAGAAGAUUUCCACCGAGGUAGAUUUUGAGCUCGCAAAGCUAAGAUUAGGAUACAAUGCUGGACUUCUCUUCACUGAUGCUGCUCACCUUGUUCAUCCUGACUCUGAUGAGUGA